UGGCCGCUUCAAAAGCAGGACUUCCUCUGCGUUCGCGAUGUUGCCAGCCUCUUAUGGAAGGAUCGGGUACUCGUACGUUUCCUCCAUACCAUUUUUGAGCCAGAAGAGAAUGAUUGGGCACCUCGGAGGCGUCCCGCGACUAGUACAGCUGCGUACCAGCGAGAACUUGAUCAAAUCUACCCUCCUGGGGUCCACGACAUACCGGUUCUACAACCCAAAGCUGCCAGACUAUACAAUAGCUUUAUGGGAGGCGUCGAUAUCGCGGAUCAACGCCGAGCUUACUUCACAUCGCACCUAAUUAGCCAGAAAACAUGGCAUCCUAUUCUCUUCUGGAUACUCGAUACGACUGCUUCGAACGCUCAUAUCCUCGGUACAUGCCAGUUUCGAAAGCAGAAUAUUAGAUACCUACAGAGCCUUAAGGAUUUCCGUCUACAGCUUGCCUGGAAUAUGGUCAUCAAAGGUAUCUCAGAUGGUCAUGGUCCCCGAGUAGUACAGGGCUUCAAUGAGCAGGAAGGUCCUCAAUUCGAGGCAACCGAGGGAUCAGGAGAUCCGGUAACUCGUACGUACGGCCAAAUACGGAGUUCCCGUAUCAUACUACUCUUAGAAGUGGUGUUCAUCGCCUGGCACGAAUUUCAAGAGGGAUGCGACGAUGGUGUUGGUUGU